AUGGAAGAUCCUUUGAUUGGUAGAGAGAGUCGUCGUGGUGGUACGGAUCGGAUCGUCCGUCGUUCAGAAGCUAUCACCCAUGGUUCCACGUUUCAGAUAGCUGCUGCUCUCGUCGAUCUGGCUGAAGAUGGUAUUGGUCUUCCUGAGCAAAUACUUGACCAGUCUAGCUUCGGAGAGGCUGCAAAGUACUACUUCAUCUUCACACGAUUGGAUAUCAUCUGGUCACUCAACUAUUUCGCUCUAAUUUUGUUAAACUUCUUUGAGCAACCAUUGUGGUGUGAGAAUAAGCCUACGCCGUCUUGCAAAGACAGAGAUUACUAUUAUCUCGGCGAGUUACCUUACUUGACCAAUGCAGAAUCCAUUAUCUUUGAGGUUCUUACUCUGCUUAUACUACUUGUGCAUACGUUUUUUCCAAUCUCCUAUGAAGGGUCCCGAAUCUUUUGGACAAGUCGCUUGAACCUAGUCAAGGUUGCUUGUGUGGUAGUUUUGAUUGUUGACGUGCUGAGUCGCCCCAUACGUGAGAGUUAUCAUAUUCAUCCUCAGCAUAAGAGAACCGGGGAGAUUAAUAAGGAGCAAUGCAUUAAACUCUUUGAACAGUUGACUAAUUACAGGACGUUACCAAAGAUAUCAAAAGAAGAAUUCGGAUUGAUAUUUGAUGAGCUUGAUGAUACUCGUGACUUUAAGAUAAACAAGGAUGAGUUUGCUGACCUCUGCCAAGCCAUUGCUCUAAGAUUCCAGAAGGAGGAAGUUCCAUCUCUCUUUGAAAAUUUCCCGCAUAUUUACCAUUCUGCCUUAUCACAACAACUGAGAGCUUUUGUCCGAAGCCCAAACUUUGGCUACACUAUUUCUUUCAUCCUUGUUCUGAACUUCAUUGCUGUCGUUGUUGAAACAACGCUUGAUAUUGAAGAAAGCUCUGCUCAGAAGCCCUGGCAGGUUGCAGAGUUUGUCUUUGGUUGGAUAUAUGUGAUGGAGAUGGCUCUGAAGAUCUAUUCAUAUGGGUUUGAGAAUUAUUGGAGGGAUGGUCAAAACCGGUUUGAUUUUCUAGUAACAUGGGUCAUAGUUAUUGGAGAAACUGCUACUUUCAUAACUCCAGAUGAGAACACUUUCUUCUCAAACGGAGAAUGGAUCCGAUACCUUCUCCUUGCAAGAAUGUUAAGACUCAUAAGGCUUCUUAUGCAUGUCCAACAAUACCGAGCAUUUAUCGCGACGUUCAUUACUCUCAUUCCAAGUUUGAUGCCAUACUUAGGCACCAUUUUCUGUGUGCUGUGUAUCUACUGCUCUAUUGGUGUACAGGUAUUUGGUGGGCUUGUGAACGCUGGGAACAAAAAACUCUUCGAAACCGAGUUGGCUGAGGAUGAUUAUCUACUGUUCAACUUCAAUGACUAUCCCAACGGAAUGGUCACGCUCUUCAAUCUGCUAGUGAUGGGGAACUGGCAAGUCUGGAUGGAGAGCUACAAAGAUUUGACAGGGACGUGGUGGAGCAUUACCUAUUUCGUCAGUUUCUACAUCAUCACUGUUUUACUUUUGUUGAACUUGAUUGUUGCCUUUGUCUUGGAGGCGUUCUUUACUGAGCUGGAUCUUGAAGAAGAAGAAAAAUGCCAAGGACAGGAUUCUCAAGAAAGAAGAAACAGGCGUCGAUCAGCAGGGUCGAAGUCUCGAAGUCAGAGAGUUGAUACACUUCUUCAUCACAUGUUGGGGGAUGAACUCAGCAAACCAGAGUGUUCUACUACUGAUACGUAAUAUAGCUUGUUCAAAGGUCAAAAUCUUGGAAGCAUUGUUAAUUAUGUGAUACUGAUACUGUUUGUUUGUUGAAGAUUUGACUAUAACGAUUGUGUUGUGAGAAAAAAAAGAAACGAUUGUGUUUACUUGUUAAUGCGUAGUCUUUAGAGUCUGUAAUAAUGACUAUCGAUUUUCUUACUUGGUGAAACUUAUCGACUUUUUAAACUGUAAGUAUCAAAUGUCUAGAAACUGGAAACGGAGAACACCACUCUAUAGGAGAAUCAUGUAUCUG